AGGGGAGAGACUACGGCUCCCAGCCUGCACCGCGGUGGAACCCGCACAUGCGCAGUGGGGCCAAGGUGCCGGGGAGAUGCCUGGCCGGCGGUGACGGCUGGGGCCGGGGCAGAUGGAGGCGGAGCGCGGUCCGGUGCGGGCGGCAGGCUGUGCGCGGCAGGGAUGAGGAGCCGCCAGCGGGCGUUCUCAGCGGUGAUGCGGCUCUGUGUGAAGUGCCUGCGUGUGGGCCGGCGGUGCAGGUUCAGGCUGGCCUGGCGGGCGCAGCAACUGUGGCGCUACGGGCACCUCUGCCUGCGCUCCCUGCUCUACAACUCCUUCACCAACAGCGACGUGGUGCUGGACUCCCUCUUCGAGCCCAUCUACUGGCUGGUGGAUCACGUCACUCGCUGGUUCGGUGUGGUGUUUGUGGCGCUGGUGAUCGUGCUGACAAGCUCCAUCGUGGCCAUUGUCUACAUCUGCCUGCUGCCCGUCAUCCUGCAGAGCUACCCGCCCGGCUGGAUCUGCUGGCACCUUGCCUACGGCCACUGGAACCUGCUCAUGAUCCUCUUCCACUACUACAUGGCCAUCACCACCCCGCCAGGGCACCCCCCGCAGGCCAAGAGCAACACCGUGGCCGUCUCCAUCUGCAGGAAAUGCAUCUCCCCCAAGCCUGCCCGCACGCACCACUGCAGCAUCUGCAACAGGUGCGUGCUGAAGAUGGACCAUCACUGCCCAUGGCUGAAUAACUGCGUGGGCCACUACAACCAUCGCUACUUCUUCUCCUUCUGCCUCGUCAUGACCAUGGGCUGCGUCUACUGCGGCAUCAGCAGCUGGGACAUGUUCCGGGAGGCCUAUGCUGCCAUUGAGAGACUGAAACGGCUUGAGAAGGAGACACUGCAGGUGGCUGCCAACCAGACAUACUACCAGACGCCGCCCCCCGCCUUCUCCUUCCGCCAGAGGGCCUUCCACAAGAGCAUAGUCUACCUCUGGGUCCUGUGCAGCUCAGUAGCCCUGGCCCUGGGGGCCCUCACGCUGUGGCACGCUGCCCUCAUCACCCGAGGGGAGACCAGCAUCGAGAGACACAUCAACAAGAAGGAGAGGCAGAGGCUGCAGAAGAAAGGCAGAGUGUUCCGGAACCCCUACAGCUACGGCGCCUGGGCCAACUGGAAGGUGUUCCUGGGAGUGGACACGCGCAGACACUGGCUCACCCGGGUCCUGCUGCCGUCUACACACCUGCCCCAUGGAACUGGCCUGAGCUGGGACCGUCCUCCCUGUGUGACAGAGCCGCGCACCCCCCUCCUGGCCCUCUAACAGACGCGGGGGCAGAGGUGCAGGGUGUGGAACCCGCCCCAGCAGAGCCUGGCCCCACUCCAGCCUGGCACUAGCAGAACCUCCGCAGGGGUGUGCAGCCUGAGGGAACGCACCAGCUCCGCUCACCAGACCCCUCCAGCAAGCCCCAGCGUGGCUGCAGGCAGCCCGUGGCACUGGGGGGCACAUGCUGCAGUCUGGACACACAGGGACAGGCGGGCAGCAUGUGCAGGGCAGGGCACCGCCCAGGGCAGCAGAGACUCCCCAGCUGGCACUCGGGGCCCCUCCUCUCUCCCCCAGGGGAUUUUAAAUGCCAGAAAUAAAAACGUUUUUCAC